GGCUUCAUCUCCAAAACAUUAUUCUUGGAACAGCUCGAUACCAACCGCGAGUCGCUCAACGUAUUCCUUCUUGUCAGCAUGUUGGCCAUAUCAGCGCGGUUUACACCAGCACUCUGCCGCCGCUUCAGAGAUGGCAAGACAGCUUCAGAGUUUUUCACAGACAUAGCACAGGUCUUGGUUGCAGAAGAGAUGUGGAAGACCACUCUCGAAAAUACCCAGGCAUUCUUUCUGCUAGGGCUUGCCGACUGGGGGCAAGGGGCUCGAGACCGGAGUGCAAUAUGCAUGGGCAUUGCCGUCCGGAUGGCGGGUGUCUUGCGGUUGCAUAGGGAAGAGACGUUUGCGUUGCCCCCUGACGCUCCUGCUGAUCAAGUCGUCAAGUCAGAGAGUGGCCGAAGGACCUUCUGGAUAAUUCAGAACCACGACAACCUGUACACACAGGAGCACCUGCCGACGUCAUUCAGCAAGGAGGAUAUAACAACUCUGUUGCCCUGUGACGAAAGCGACUUCGCCUUUGGCCGCAUACCGCCAACUCGAGGGGCCCUCCCUGGCACGCCACCGAGUUUAUCAGACCCUUCCUUGGUUUGGUCGCCACAAAGAUCACUGUUUGCCACGCUGAUCCAGGUGCACGACCUUUGGGGGAUGAUUGCACGCGACGUGCAUCCUGCGCGGACCAAGGACGCGGAGCCAAUAUGGAUCCCCGAGUCCAGUUAUAGCCGCAAGGCAAAGGCGCUGGAAGAGUGGGAGAGCAGGAUGCCACCACAACACCGCUGGUCCGUGUGGAACCUGCGAGGCUUCAAGGCUGAGAACCUCGACUUGGCCUACCUUUCCAUCGUCACCAUCACGCGCUUGAACAACAUUAUCCUCCGCCGCGCAUACCUGGAUGAUCUCCUGAAUCAUACUUCGCAGGAGCAACAGCCGCCGUUGGCGAUUUGCUCGCCUGGUUCCGGUGCCCCUCCUCAUGGGUUCUGGGAAGCGUUCUCGCGCGAUCUUUUCGUCAAUUCAUGGAGGCUAUUUGAGGCAAUCGACUUCUGGUACGAACUAAGGGCAGCGGAUGAUGGAUACCCUGCCAUGCUUGCACUCUGCAUUUACGCCUGCGGCUCAACCGCACACUGCCUCAUCAAGUGGCCGCAGCUCUUCCCAGACUAUGCCUCCUCUGCGAAGAAUGUGGCAAAGAAGUCCAUGGAAAUGCUGCUCACUUUUGAAAAGAAGUGGUCCACGGUUUCCCGAUGGGUCGAUAACCUGCGA